UAUACGGGGAUAGUAUAAAGCCGUAAAAACGAUCCCAAUCAGAAACUUGACGUAUUAUUACGUACUUCGUGCUCUUUGACUUACAUUUCGUGAUCUACUCAUCAUGUCUGGACGUGGAAAAGGUGGUGGUAAAGUUAAGGGAAAGUCAAAAACCCGAUCAACCAGGGCUGGACUUCAAUUUCCCGUUGGACGCAUCCAUCGUCUUCUUCGUAAGGGUAAUUAUGCUGAGCGUGUUGGUGCUGGUGCUCCAGUAUACUUGGCAGCUGUAAUGGAAUAUUUGGCUGCUGAAGUUUUGGAGUUGGCAGGUAAUGCCGCUCGCGAUAAUAAGAAAACCAGAAUUAUCCCACGUCAUCUCCAAUUGGCCAUCCGCAAUGACGAGGAAUUAAACAAACUGUUGUCUGGUGUCACCAUUGCUCAAGGAGGUGUUUUGCCCAACAUUCAGGCAGUCCUCUUACCAAAGAAGACCGAAAAGAGCUCUUCCGGUGGUUCCAGUAAAGAUGAUUCCUUCCAAUGCUUCAGAUCAAAUUGCACAGGGCGGUUUCAAUUGGUGCGACAUGUAUCCUUCGUUGAUUGCCCUGGCCACGAUAUUCUUAUGGCGACUAUGUUGAACGGAGCAGCUGUUAUGGAUGCUGCAUUAUUAUUAAUAGCUGGCAAUGAAUCGUGUCCACAGCCACAAACAUCUGAACAUUUAGCAGCUAUUGAAAUCAUGAAGCUGAAGCACAUUGUUAUAUUACAGAAUAAAAUAGAUUUGGUUAAAGAGGGACAAGCCAAGGAACAGUAUGAACAGAUUCUGAAAUUUGUUCAAGGUACUGUUGCUGAGGGAGCUCCUAUUAUCCCCAUUUCUGCACAACUGAAAUACAACAUUGAAGUCCUGUGUGAAUAUAUUGUUAAGAAGAUUCCAGUUCCCAUGCGAGAUUUUGAGUCAGAACCACGUUUGAUUGUUAUCAGAUCUUUUGAUGUUAACAAACCUGGAUGUGAAGUUGAUGAUUUGAAAGGUGGUGUUGCUGGUGGUAGUAUUCUCAAAGGUGUACUCAAAGUUGGAAUGGAAAUUGAGGUACGCCCAGGAGUUGUAUCCAAAGAUAGUGAAGGUCAAUUGACUUGUAAGCCCAUAUUUUCAAGAAUUGUAUCUUUAUUUGCUGAGCAAAAUGAACUACAAUUUGCUGUCCCGGGUGGAUUGAUUGGAGUUGGUACAAAAAUUGAACCAACAUUAUGUAGAGCAGAUCGUCUGGUUGGUCAGAUUUUGGGAGCUGUUGGUGCUUUGCCAAAAAUAUUUAUCGAAUUAGAAAUAUCGUACUAUCUCCUGAAGCGUCUAUUGGGAGUUAGAACUGAAGGAGACAAAAAAGGUGCCAAGGUACCUAAACUAUCGAGAAAUGAAGUACUUCUGGUGAAUAUUGGUUCACUAAGCACUGGAGGACGUGUUCUAGCAACAAAAGCUGAUCUUGCAAAAAUUAGUUUGACGAAUCCAGUUUGCACAGAGAUUGAUGAGAAAAUUGCACUCUCUAGAAGAGUUGAGAAACAUUGGCGUCUUAUCGGAUGGGGUCAGAUACGUGGUGGUGAAACAAUAGAACCAUCUUCAAGCAAUUAAUUAAACAUGCUAUAUGGACCGAAUAAUAUAAUAUGCACAGUUUAAUACGAAUAAGUCAUUAUGGAUAUUAUUAAUAAUUGUUUCUAUCUUCUAUUUAUAUUACCUAUCAAGUUAAACAAUUUUAAGAGAAUUUUGAUGAAACGAUAAAACAUUUUUUUCCGUUUUCAGACAUAUUUCUAUAUAUAUUACUCUUUUUUGGUUAUCAUAACUAAUUUUUAUUAUUUUUAUUUUCUGGUAAGCUAUCUACAUAUUGUAUAGUUUUUCUAUCAUAAUAUAUUUAAAUUAAAUCAUUUUUUGGAUUGUGUUGGUACUCUAAUACUUCAAUAGGUUUAAUCAGAAAGCAUUUUUUGUCAAUUAACAUCUGAUAAUAAUGAGUUAUAUUCUACAUUCUUCGAUUAUUAUGUUAAAUAAGUGCCUGUAACACAUAAAGUUGAAUAUCCAAUAGCAACAUUACUGCUCUAAGUUCAUUUAAAUUUUAUAUAAAUAAGUUAAAUUUUGAGCCAUAGGUAGACACCUAAUCAAUUGUUCUUGUAAUAAGUAAAUUUUGUAUAGAAAUAAAUAUCGGACGAUGAGAUACGUCAAUUCGAAUUUAUAUGCGAAAAAUUAU